AUGACUCGAGCCCGGGAGUGGGCUGCGGGCGGGGCCGGGGAGCGGGGGGAUUCGGAGAGACGCUCCAGGACCCCGCCACCCGAGGGCAGAGCAAGGCCGCUUCCCUCCUACUGCCGCCGCCGCCGCCACCGCAGCCGCCGGUCACUCGCUCCCACCUCCUGGGGGCGCCAUCUUGGAUGUGGGCGCCCCCCCCGCCUCACUACGCCGCGCUCCUGCCAUUGGUCGGCGGCGAGGACCGUCGCCGCGCAGGCCAAUGAGGAACGUGCGUCAUGUGGGCUGCCGAAGCCAAGAUUUACAUCAGGAAUCGGGCAUACAGAAAAGGUUCUGUCUAAUAUCUAUCUACUAUCUUUUGUAGGAGACUUUGUUUUGAGAAUGCGGCAGUGGCUUGCCAUAAAUGCCCAGCUGGGCACUUUUCUCUCUGGUGUCUUCACUAUCUUUGCAACCAACAUGUACGUUGUGUUUGAAGAGAAACACAUGGUAAAACUCAAUUGUACUGAGCAAAAUGGCGAAGAAAAUCUUAAUGUUAUAAAUGACUUUAUCAUCUGUUGGAGCUAUAAGAUCACCCUCUGCUUGUCAUUUAUCACUGUCCUCAUCAGCUGUUUCCUCUUGUACUCUGUACAUGCCCAGAUCUAUAAAGGCAUGGUGAUCUAUGUCAUCUGGAUUAUCUUCUAUGAAGCUGUCAACUCCCUACUGCAGAUCCUGACCAAUAAGCCUAAUGACAAGUCCCCUUCAGAAGUGAAGUUUUUACGCUGGUUUGGCUUGAUUUCCCGUAUUUUCAUGCAUGUGUUCUGGCUUUUUUUUGUGAUCACAUAUGCUCACAGAGUGUACAAAAAGCAGGUGCAAACUAAUAUCACUUCCUACAGCAACCGUCUCAGUAUGGAAUCAAAGCGAGAGAGUGCAUACUACUCAAGUUUUCCAAAGCUCAGUUCCAGAGCUCCCAGAUUAAUAUAAAAUAUAAAAUAUUUAAAAAGCCAAUCCUUUUCCCAAGAGGCAAGAUUUCUGGAUCCAGGACUCUUAGAUCUAAUUCUCACUCUUUUUAAUUUUCUUGAAUUUGAAUUUGGAAUUGAAUUUGAAUUUGAAACUUGGAUUUUCUAAAAUCUCCAGUUUCUCUAAUAAUUCUAUCAAACUGGAGUCACUCAAUUUGAGGUGCUUGGUAGAGUUGUGGACUUUUUUUUGGUGGAGGUGAGGGGGAGUUGAAGGAGUAUCAUUAGGUGGGCAGAGGAAGGAAAUUGUAAAUAAGUUCAUAUUUGGAAUAUCCUGCUUAGGUUAAUAAUUGUUUCCUAUUUGGUAUCUGUUUAGAGAAGUAAGGUGAUAAGGAUAAAAAAAGUGAAAUA